CGCAUCGGUAAUUCAGAGCGGCGGCGGCGGCGGCGGGUGCGGGCAGGAGGCGGCGGCGGGAGCAUUGGGGACCGGGCGGCAGCGGCUAUGCAUCCCAGUGCGGCCGGGCAGCCGCGGCUCCCCUGAGGCCCCGGCGGGGCUCCGGGAGGGAGCAGCGCGCGGGGGGCACGGCCGCUCGGGAGCGCCAGGGACAGCGGGAGCGUCCGGAGCGGCUCCGGCGGAGCUGCGCGCGGGGCUGAGGAAGGGGCUCCGGAGCGGGGCUGGGGCGGGGCGGGGGGGCGGCUGGCGCGGGCGGCCCCCGGGGCGGGGGGCGGGGUGGGCGCCGCCGCCGCGAUGCCGGGUGUCGCGGAGCUGCUGCUGCUGCUGCUCGGGGCGGUGUGGCUGGCGGGCCCGGCCCGGGGGCAGAACGAGACGGAGCCCAUCGUGCUGGAGGGCAAGUGCCUGGUGGUGUGCGACUCCAACCCCACGUCCGACCCCACGGGCACGGCGCUGGGCAUCUCGGUGCGCUCGGGCAGCGCCAAGGUGGCCUUCUCCGCCAUCCGAAGCACCAACCACGAGCCCUCCGAGAUGAGCAACCGCACCAUGAUCAUCUACUUCGACCAGGUACUAGUGAACAUCGGGAACAACUUCGAUUCGGAACGCAGCACGUUCAUCGCCCCGCGCAAGGGGAUCUACAGUUUUAACUUCCACGUGGUCAAAGUCUACAACAGACAGACCAUCCAGGUGAGCCUUAUGUUGAACGGGUGGCCGGUGAUUUCGGCUUUUGCCGGCGACCAGGACGUGACCCGCGAGGCCGCCAGCAACGGGGUCCUGAUCCAGAUGGAGAAAGGCGACCGGGCCUACCUCAAGCUGGAGCGGGGCAACCUGAUGGGCGGCUGGAAGUACUCGACCUUCUCCGGGUUCCUCGUGUUCCCCCUCUGACCGCCUCCUCGCCUCCGGAAAAGGAGGCCGGGAGCGGCCGAGGCAGGAGGAGGGGGGGUGGCGAGCAGGCGGCUGACAAUGGGAAGGACUGGAAUCGGCCCCCCGCGCCCCGCUUAAUGCAACUGUUUCCUGUGCGAGGCGCGCGGGCGGCCCGCGGAGGCGGCGGCGGACGGCUGUGUCCGGUUACUCAUUUGGGGAAGUAGAUCCCAGUUAGCUCCGCGCACCCCCCUUUCCA